AUGGAAGAUGCAGAUAAAGGUUCACAGCUGCUCACUGACUCUGCGCCUGAAGUGGGAGAAGAUGCAGUGACCAGUGUUGGAGCGCCAGUCCUGCCGCCCGCCAUGACGGAGGAGGAGAGGCUGGAGCUGCAGGAGGAGCUGUUCAAGGUUGAAGAUGAGAUCCAGACUCUGUCACAGGUGUUGGCGGCCAAAGAAAAACAGGUAGCGGACUUGAAGAGGAAGUUGGGAGUAACCCCUCUCAAUGAAAUCAAGCAGAACAUCACUAAAACCUGGCAGGAUGUCACCACCUCCACUGCUUACAGAAGAACGUCUGAAACUCUGUCUCAGGCCAGUCUGAAGGCCACAGCCGCCUUCUCCACCGUGGGCUCAGCCAUCAGCCGCAAGCUGGAGGACGUGAGGAACACGGCAGGAUUCAAGUCAUUCGAGGAGAAAGUGGAGACUUUGAAGACUAAAAUGGCCCCUGCCACCUCGCCCACCGAAGCCGACAACAUGGACAACAGCAACACCACCACAGCGUCUUUAUUGAGUCCGCCUGAGCCCAUCGCUGAAGAGGAGACGCUAAUGCACUGA